UUACAUGGCGUUAGAUGGGACUCUGUCUGCAGCCACUCAGCGCUCCAUCACUCUAGCGGAGGAAAUGGGUCUACUGCCACGUAGGAUGAACACCUGAUACACACUUUCAACCAAACAAUAACAUUAUUAUAAAGGUUUGACCCCAGCGUGAACCUGGAAGCAGUAAUGUCACAGCUGGCCCACAGCGAGCACCUGUUGGAGCAGCUGCGUUGGCAGCGGGAAAGCAACGUUCUGUGUGACAUCACGGUCGUCGUGGGCGACACGCUGUUCCGAGCGCACCGUAAUGUGCUGGCGGCGUUCAGCGGGUUCUUCUCCGCACUGCCUGACAGAGGUCACCUGGUCACAACCCUUAACCCGGAGUUUGUCAGUGAGCAGGCCCUGUACACCCUGCUGAAAUACAUCUAUUCUGGAGAACUACACACUGACAGUGAGGGGUCGGAGGCCGUGCUGGGAGCGGCAGUGUUCCUGGGGAUGAGGGAGGCGGAGCGUCACCUGAAAGACAAGUCUGAUAGCCAACGGGAGAUGAGGAUAGAGUCAGCCUCACCUACCCCCUCCCCCCAUUGCUUACCCUCACCCCCCACCCCAGAGGAGUUCAAGCCCUUGUCCUGCGUUUCUGGAGGGGGCUCGGUAGAGAGGGAGGAGGAGAGGGAAGGAGAGAAGGGGGAGGAAGAAGAGCGGGGAGAUCCAGAGUACACCCCUCCCUCCCCAAGCCCCCCAACAUCCCCCCGAAGAGGAUCGAGGAAAAGAAAGGGAAGAAAGCCCAAGGCCACACCUCGCAACCAGACCUCAACUGGAAACCAAACCUUGCCUAGCAACCCAACAUCACCUAGCCAUGACGACACCCAAGAUGACGCAACAGUCCCCCAGCCUCAGAGGGGCAGGGGGAGAGGGAGAGGAAGGGGGAGGGGGAGGGGAGGAGGAAUGAGGAGGGAUCUGUCGUUGAAGGAGUCAGGCCUUCAGAUCGUUGAGGAGAAUGAGACAGACCUCAGCCCUUCAUCAUUGAAACCUGUCAAGAGGCAAAGGAGGAGCAGUGGAGAGAGGAGAGGAGUGAAGAGAGGGAGAGGAAGAGGGAAACUGAAGGAGAACAGAUCGAGCGAUGGAGAGGGGGAUGAGGGGAAAGCUGUGUUGAAGAACCAACAGGUGAAAGAGAAGCCAGUGUGUGCUGAGUGUAACAAAGAGUUCUCUGAGAUCAGUAGUCUGAGGAGACACAUGAGGAUCCAUAAAGGAGUGAAACCUUUCCAGUGUCUCUUCUGUUCCCGAGCCUUCACACAGGGAAACCAGCUCAAGACUCACCUUCGCAUACACACAGGAGAGAAGCCGUUUGCAUGUUCUCAGUGUGACAAGGGUUUUGCCCAGAAGUGUCAGUUGGUGGCUCAUUGUCGAAUGUACCACGGAGAAGAGAAACCUUACACCUGUGAACAAUGUGGGCUGCAGUUCGCUACCUCAUCUAACUACAAGAUACACUGCAGGAAGCACAGUGGAGAGAAGCCUUAUAUUUGUGAACAGUGUGGGAAGGGUUUUGCCCAGGCCAGCACUCUGACCUAUCACAUGAGGAUCCACACAGGAGAGAAACCUUACCAAUGUGACGAUUGCGGGAUGGCCUUCUCCGUCUCUUCCUCUCUCAUCACACACAAACGCAAACACACAGGUGAAGCUCCACACGAGUGUCUGGUGUGUCAGAAGGCCUUCAUUACCAAACGAGAACUCAACAAACACUCCCGCAUCCACAACAGUGGAGACCCAGCUGUUAAGCAGCGUGUGACAUGUGAGCUGUGUGGAAACACCUACGCUGGCCUGAGCAGCCUGAAGAAACACCAAGAGAGACAACACUUAGUUCCAUUGGCGUUUCCAGAAGGGGCUCUCCUCCACAACAUUCCUAUCGACCACCAGGGGCUAAUCUCCCGCGAUGCGCCCAGCCCCAUUCACGAGGAGCCAGACAACCCUGACCCCGAGGAGCCAGACAACCCUGACCCCGAGGAGCCAGACAACCCUGACCCCGAGGAGCCAGACAACCCUGACCCCGAGGAGCCAGACAACCCUGACCCCGAGGAGCCAGACAACCAUGACCUCGAGGAGCCAGACAACCAUGACCUCGAGGAGCCAGACAACCAUGACCUCGAGAAGCCAGACAACCAUGACCUCGAGAAGCCAGACAACCAUGACCUCGAGGAGCCAGACAACCCUGACCUCGAGGAGCCAGACAACCCUGACCCCGAGGAGCCAGAUAACCAUGACCUCGAGGUGCCAGACAACCAUGACCUCGAGGUGCCAGACAACCAUGACCUCGAGAAGCCAGACAACCAUGACCUCGAGGAGCCAGACAACCAUGACCUCGAGGAGCCAGAUAACCAUGACCUCGAGGAGCCAGAUAACCAUGACCUCGAGGAGCCAGAUAACCAUGACCUCGAGGAGCCAGAUAACCAUGACCUCGAGGAGCCAGAUAACCAUGACCUCGAGGAGCCAGAUAACCAUGACCUCGAGGAGCCAGAUAACCAUGACCUCGAGGAUCCAGAUAACCAUGACCUCGAGGAGCCAUAUAACCCUGACCUCGAGGAGCCAGAUAACCAUGACCUCGAGGAGCCAUAUAACCAUGACCUCGAGGAGCCAGAUAACCAUGACCUCGAGGAGCCAGAUAACCAUGACCUCGAGGAGCCAGACAACCCUGACCUCGAGGAGCCAGAUAACCAUGACCUCGAGGAGCCAGACAACCAUGACCUCGAGGAGCCAGACAACCUUGACCCCGAGGGGCCAGACCACCCUGAACUCGAAGAGCCAGACAACCAUGACCCCGAGGGGCCAGACAACCCUGAACCAACGACCCCUAACUUGAGCCCAAACCCUCUCAGUGUUCUAGUGGAACAGCUGCGUACAUCUUCCUCCUCCUUCUCUUCCCCACUCUCCCACUGUGAUCCAGCCUACCCUGUCGAAGACAUGGAGCAGAUCAUCAUCAUUAGAACUUUGGACAAUGACCUGCCCUGACCCCUGACUCAACCACCUCUGACCCCCUAACCCAGACCCUAACAUUACUCUCUCAGGCUUGGAGUUGAUCCACCCUUUUUGAAUGGAUCAAUGGGACCUACAUGAUCCAAUAUGAAUCAGCUGUAGUGUCAGAUAUAGAACUGUGAAUAGUGUGGAUGUUGAUAUGUCAUAUAUGUAAUUACAUUUACAUUUUAGUAAUGUAGCAGAUGCUCUUAUCCAGAGCGACUUACAGUAGUGAGUGCAUACAUUUUUGUAAUUCACUCCAUCUUUUAAUGAAAUGAACUCAUUCAGAUCUAAACAUUUAUUUUAUUGUAUGUUGUAAAUGUUUAUUACUAGAGAUAAUCACUGAGGACCUACCCACAGAACAGCCAGGCUCACCAACUCCUGGCUUUGCAUUUCUCUACAUAUCUUGAAUCGUUUUCUGUUCAACGUUCUGGUUUUAAACCUCAGUAACAUGGGGCUUAAUGUCUUAUGGAAUCUAGAGGUAGUAUUGAGAUGGAUGGAUAUUUAUGAAAAGUCAAGGUUUUUAAUUCAACAGCUCUAUUCUUUUUUGGGAGGAAUACAUCUCUGAAAUCUC